AUGAGGUCUAUUCUGAUCAUCACCCUUCUUAGUUGUUUCUGUGCAAUAUAUGAGGCUAAAAUCUUCUCCAAGUGUGAGCUGGCCCACAAGCUAAAGACCAAGGGAAUGGAUGGCUACCAUGGCUACAGCCUGGCAGACUGGGUCUGCAUGGCUCAAUAUGAGAGUAACUUCAACACCCGGGCCUUUAAUGGGAAAAAUGCCAAUGGCAGUAGUGACUAUGGGCUCUUCCAGCUGAACAGCAAGUGGUGGUGCAAAAACAGCCAUCAUUCCUCAGCAAAUGCCUGCAACAUCAUAUGCAGCAAGUUUCUGGAUGACAACAUCAAUGAUGACAUUGUCUGUGCCAAGAGGGUUGUGAGAGAUCCUAAGGGGAUGUCCGCCUGGAUGGCCUGGGUAAAACACUGCAAGGGCAAGGAUUUGUCCAAAUACCUGGCCAGCUGUAAGCUGUAAGAUGGCCAUGGAAUAUGACUUCUGGAGAAGAUGGCCC